AUGAGCAACGAUCACUUCGGCUCCCGCUUCACCGUCAUUGAACAAAUUGGCGGCGGAAACUACGGAACGCUCUUCCGCGUCAUCGAUGGGGAGGCGGACUCGUUGGCGGAGCGCAUCAUCGCAACGAAGAAGCUCAAGGACGCCAUCAACCACCCACACGUCCUGCGCGAGGUGAGCGUGCAGCGGCAUGCGCAGCAGGGCACUCGUCACGUAGCGAAGCUUCUCCACGUCGUGCCCCGCGAUCAGGUGCGGGCCGCACUCGUACUCGAGUACGUUCCUCUCGACCUGCGCAUCUUCCUCAACACGUUCUACUGCGAGCGGGUGCCCUCGUCUGCCCCGACGUGGUGCGCCACGGAAAACGGCAAUGGAAAAAUCAACGGUCUCCCGCCGACACACGUUCCCCUUACCUAUGUGCGCAGAGUGCUGCGGGGACUGCUGGAGGCGCUGCAGUGCCUUCACGCACGCGGCAUCGCCCAUCGCGACGUCAAGCCGGAGAACAUUCUCGUGGAGCCGCUCGGCCUGGACCACCCAUUGCGGUGUGUGUGUCCGCCUCCGCGGUCCGCCGCUGCACCAUCAUCCGCAGCGGUGGCAGCAGGCACGGACUCAACCGCAGUCAGCUGCAACGAAAUCCUCGGUGCAAAUGCCGCGGAGGAGCGCUGUUGGGUGCACGCCCGUCCUUCCCACAACGGCAGUGCCGCAGCGCGUCAUGGCGACGAGCCGCUGCAGCCGACCUCCUCGACGGACCCCCCGCUGGAACUGUGUCGGCGCUUCUUCAAUAAUGCGGUGGUUCUGCACCACGAGCUGACGGGCGAGGACCUGGCACACACCCUUCACCUUCUUCAUUGUGGCACGUGUCGGCGUGCGGCCUGCGCGAGCGCCUCGGAGGAAAAGACGGCGGAUGGGGUUGCCUCGAACAGAAGCCGGAAAGGCGCGCCGCUGGCGGAGUCGGAGCAGGAGAAUGGCGACGGGUGCGGUGCAGAGCAGCAAAUCAGCCGUACGCGCAACGUCCAGGAAGAAGAGCGCGAAAUAGAGGAAGGAGUCGUGACGGAAUCCACAGAGGGCGUCGAUGGAUCGCCGGGGCUUGAAGAAGAGGAAGUGCAGCACGCACCACAUAACGAUGCGAACGCAGCCGCCGCACUGCCGCUCUCACCUGACGUGAAGCUCUGUGAUUUCGGCUCGGCGCGCCACAUCGGCACGCUGCGGCUGCGCAGCGCCACCGAGCAGCGCGAGGAGCUCACGCCCGGGCCGACCACGCCGGUCUACUGCGCACCUGAAAUGAUGCUGCUGCAGCAGUACGGCACUCCGGUGGACAUGUGGGCCGUCGGCGUCAUUCUCUUUGAGAUGCUGACGGGCGAGUUCUUCCUGAGUGUCGGCACUCUGCGCUCCUUUUACGGUGAUUUGGUCGUGCACGACGACUACUGCGUCAUGCAUCGGUUGAACAUGAUGUUUCGCCACUUGGGCACGCCGUCCGCCGAGGAGUGGCACCAGAUCGCACACCCGCUGUACUACCCGGACGGCAUGCUGUUGCACCUCCCGCAAAUACCGCACGCCUCGCUCUUUACGUGCCUUGCGCGAGGCAGCCGCAUGGAUGGAGCUGCUGCCGCUGACGCUGACAACGGAGGCGUCGCGGUGGAUCGCGCAGACAGCGAAGGGAGUGCAAAGCGAAAGGAGACGAAUGAGGAAGUGGCGGGGGUGUGCGACGGCGGGGAUGCCUCGCCGCGCGAUCCGCUCUCGUUGGAGGAGGAGGGCAGCCAGCAGGGAAUGGCAUCGAAAGUCGCGGCGCAGCCCUCGACCACGAACUGCAGCAACAGCAGCGGUGACGAAGGCGGCCACGCGGAACCAGAUGUAUCGGAGUUCCUCCUGCGGCACAUCGGCGUCUGCGGAGUCGACUUUCUGCGCUCGCUGCUGCGGUACAAUCCGGCAGACCGUCUCACUGCUGCGGAGGCGCUGCGCCAUCCUUUUCUGGCCACACGCGACGGAGGGCGGAGCGACAACAUCGAUGAGGCGGAUUGA